AUGCGGAUUAUAGCGAACACCGUUGAAGCGAAAAGCGGGCUCUUGGCAGAAUUUGGGGAUAUGGUAGCCAUACAAGGAGUCUGGGUUGAGUUCUCCUCCUCCUCCUCCUCCUCCUCCUCCUCCUCCUCCUCCUCCUCCUCCUCCAGUAGUAGCAGUAGCAGUAGCAGUAGCAGUAGCAGCAGUACGAGGCGACGUUUGCCGCCCACUUCUUUUCAGAAACAGUUGGGUUCAACACAGCAGCCAAGUCCAGAUCUCGACAGCAGCAGGUUUUUUGGUUACUGUUCGCCACUGCUGGUCGAGGAUGAGAACACCAGUUGGUUCUUCAGCAGUUUGGAGUAUUUGCUCUUAGUAGCAGUGUCUGCUACCAGUUGGAAUCCUCUGCUGAAGGAUGGAUGGUGGUUGAAACAUGUCACCAGUGGACAGCAGUAA